AUGGAUAGCACUAUGCUACGAUCACUUGAUGUCAGCUACAACAAUUUGGUGGGGAAGCUUCCAAAAUCUUUGAUGAAUUGCCAGGAUUUGGAAUUUUUUAAUGUGAGAGGAAACAAGAUCAAGGACACGUUUCCAUUUUGGUUGGGCUCUCGGGAAUCAUUAAUGGUUCUUGUGCUCCGAUCAAAUGCAUUCUAUGGUCCAAUCUACAACUCAUCUGCUUAUUUGGGGUUUCCCCGCCUGAGUAUCAUUGACAUAUCCAAUAAUAAUUUUGUUGGAUCAUUACCACAAGACUAUUUUGUCAAUUGGACUGAAAUGUCAUUGGUGUGGGAUAUCAAUCGAUCUAACUACCCAAGAAACACUUCCUCAAGAACGAUACAAUAUGGGGGACUUCAAACUAUCCCAAGGUCUAACUACGUGGGCGUGGGGGACAAUUUCAACAUGCAUGCAGAUUCGAUUGAUUUGGCGUACAAAGGAGUAGACACAGAUUUUGAUCGGAUCUUUCGUGGCUUCAAAGCCAUUGAUUUUUCUGGAAACCGAAUCUCCGGACAUAUUCCUAGAUCCAUUGGUUUGUUGAGCGAACUGCGUCUUCUCAACUUAUCAGGCAAUGCAUUCACAGGAAAAAUCCCAUCAUCCUUGGCGAAUAUUACAAAGCUCGAGACAUUAGACCUCUCCCGAAAUAACUUUUCAGGUGAAAUUCCUCGGAGUCUCGGGAACCUCUCGUUUCUGUCAAACAUCAACUUCUCCCACAAUCAUUUACAAGGAUUGGUGCCACGGAGCACACAGUUCGGAAGUCAAAAUUGUUAUUCAUUCGUGGGUAAUCCUGGACUCUAUGGCCUCGAAGAAAUCUGUGGAGAAAAACAUGUCCCCGUUCCUACACCGCGUCAACACGAUGAGUCUACGUCAGAACCAGAAGAGCCUAUGUUGAAUUGGAUAGCAGCCGCGAUAGCUUUUGGACCUGGUGUGUUUUGCGGAUUAGUGAGCGGACACAUCUUCACUUCAUACAAACACAUGUGGUUUAUGGCUGGUUAA